CGCUGCAUUUCGCUUAAAAAUCAGUUUGAAAUCAAGUUUCAUUCAUUUACUAUAUUCCAUUUCGAUUGAGCUCCUUUAGCUAAAAAUGAAGCAAUUCUUUAUGCUGAUCGCUAGCGCUUUGCUGUUGGUGCAACUCGCCCACGGUUCGCCGCAUAUGAAGCGUGAAUCCACCAAAGUUGGUAGUCCUACACAGUUGAUAUCAAAGGAAAAUCAGCCACAAGUGCAAUUGAUGAUUACCACUGUGGGUGAAAUAGCGAAACUUUCCAAAUGGCUCCUCGAAAAGGGUAGCAUAGUGGUGAAUAACGCUGUUAAGGACCUGAAUGAGAUAACCGUCAAGGAUGAGCUAUUGCAGGCGAAUAUCACACGCAUGUCGAAAAUCGGCACAGAAGCAUCCGAAUUCAAACUGGUAGAGGAUGAGAAGAGUAUUGGUAAACUUUUCCAAUAUAUGUAUGAUUUCUCUGCAAUGAUGGAGGAUUAUGAAAAUAUGCCCGCUGAAUCGAAAUUACGUUACACUUUGAAGACAGCUUUGGAUAAUAAUGGUUAUGUUAACUUCGAACGUGAGUACGAGCAAAAAGUUCUGAUUUUGCUCAACAAUUUCGAUAAUGCAUUUGCUGCUUAUGUGAAAGCUUUGACACCGGAAGAAAAGUUGAGGGACAGCAAACUUCUGCAAUGGCAUGAGGAUUUCCAAGCCGAAAGUGAUAAUGAGAAGAAAUUGGAGAAAUUCGGUGAAUUGUUUGCUUAAAAAUGUUAAACAAAGACCUGUGGAAAUGAAAAUAAAGUUGAAUUCUUAAUUAAA